UGAUCCCUUGCGACUAAUCUAAUGAACAAUUAAGUAAUACGAAUUUUUUGUAAAAAGUAUAUCUUACAUUCAAUUUGAGGAGUGCAUUACUUGGAGAAUUAUUGAAGUAUUUCAAAUAGAAUAACGCUAACAAAAAAGUUAAGACUGAAAAAAGCAUCUAAUAGUAAUGUAUUUAUCUGAAAAACGAAAAAAAAUUUUAAAUUGAAUUACGUAUUCAAGAAAUGUUUCGUUUGUAAGCCAAGGAUGAAACUUAUUUAAUAUUGCUAACUUUGGAAAAGGGAAUAAAAACACGGAAUUCAUGUUGCCUCGGAAUUCACAUCCUAUGUAUGCAGAUGAAAUUUUCCUUUCUUACUGCGAAGUCUUAGCAUAACCGUUUUUAUAGCGCUUAAAUGAUAAACCAUAUUUAUAAUUACAUGUAGUUUAAAAGUACUCCGGUAACAAUGCAUGAGAUACAGAUAAAUGACAUCAGAAAAAAACGUGAUUGAUGCCGUCCGAGGAACGAUUGCAGCUAUGUUUAACAACGUAUAUCAUUUAUUCAAAGAUGCUGACAACUGCACCUUGAUGUCACAAUAUUUCAAACUUCGGACACGCGGCAAUGUACACAUUAGACUUUGGCGAUGGCGAAAACGGCAGCGUGUUUUACGAUUAUUUAGAUUUUUUACAGUCAGCACGAUCUGCUUCUUAUGUUACUGUAGUGUUUUUAGUGCCGUUGUUGCGCUAAAUGAAAGCAGCGGUCAAAGCAGAAAUGGUAGUAGUAAAUUGAAAAACACUUUGCCGAGCUCAACGAGUAUAAAUGAUACGACACAGAUGGGACUACAAUUUCCCUCAAGUGACAUCGUUGCACAAUUCAGUUUGCCAGCACUGGCUCCUGGAGGUAGUACCACUGAAGGAGGAUCCGAUGGUCUCGCUUCUUCAACAAUGACAAGCACACUUAAUACGCUUAAUCGCUCGAAUCCAACUAUUCUAAGUGGUUCUCAGUACAAAAAUUAUUUUACCCAUUUAGCAUACGAUCCUAAGCGUAAAGUUUUUUACGCUGGCGCAACUAAUAAGAUACUCCAAUUGAAUGAAAAUUUGCGUGUUUUAUCUCAGGCAUUAACAGGACCCAAAUAUGAUUCACCCCAAUGUCACGCCAGCGGUUGCCCCGAUGAUGUCGAUACAACACUAGUUAAUAACCAUAAUAAAAUACUAAUAGUAAAUUAUGCACAGGGUGUGGGAAUACUUAUUGUAUGUGGCAGUGUACGGCAAGGUGCCUGUGAAAUGUAUAACCUUACAAAUUUUCCGAACUCGCCUCAGUUCAUUGAAACUCCUUUAGCUGCAAAUGAUGAGUUCGCCUCCACGUUUGCAUUUGUUGGUCCAGCAAAGUAUUCAUGGAAAGACGAAGAUAUUCUGUAUGUUGGUACAACAUUUACAAAUGUUGGUGAUUAUAGGCAUGACGUGCCAGCAAUUUCAUCACGCCGUUUAGACGAUUUAAAUUAUGUUGAGUUUUCAAUACAGCAAUCUAUUAUUAAUAUAGAUGUUAAAUAUCGUGAUCACUUUCUUGUUAACUAUGUGUACGGAUUUAAUUCAUCAGAAUAUGCCUAUUUUGCACUAGUGCAAAAGAAAUCACAUUUAGCUGAUGAAGCUGGCUACGUUACUCGAUUAGCGCGGAUCUGUGUUGCGGACCCGAAUUAUGAUACUUAUACCGAGGUGACCAUUCAGUGUCUUGCAACCAGGGAUAAUGUUGACUAUAACAUAUUACGGGAUGCAAAGAUUACUCAAGCUGGCCAAAAAUUAGCUCAGAAAAUGGGACUAAAACGUGAUGAUUCUGUUUUAGUUGCCGUCUUCUCGCCAUCUAAAGAAAUCACAGAUCAAGUAGAAGCCAAAUCGGCCAUGUGCAUAUAUAGUCUAAAAGACAUUGAAGAAAUGUUUAAUGAGAACAUACAUAUGUGUUUUAACGGAACUAUUAAGGAUCGCAACUUGGGCUAUAUAUCUGGUACUAUCGAUGAUGGUCAUUGUCCAGUAGCAGGUACCAUAGGUAAUAUUCAAGACUUUUGCACGGUUGGUUUAAAGAUUAGUGGGUCUUCGCCGAUUACUACACAAUCCCUAUUUCACUUCGAAAAUGUUAGUAUAACAUCGGUAACUGCAACGACUACUGGCCUUCAUACGUUAGCUUUUUUGGGAACUGAAUUUGGCACAAUAAAAAAGGUUUUAAUAUCUGGCCACAAUGCCGGCGAAUACGAAGAGAUAACAGUCGAUCCUGGCAAUCGAAUUCUUCAAGACACCAUGAUGUCUUCAAAUAAAGAGUUCUUGUAUGUGCUUUCGAAACGUAAGAUUACCAAACUUCGAAUAGAGCAUUGCUCAGUUUAUUCUAACUGCUCUUCGUGCUUGGAAUCUCGUGAUCCUUUUUGUGGCUGGUGUUCACUGGAAAAACGUUGUACUGUCAGAUCAACUUGCCAAAAAGAUACUUCUGCCGCACGUUGGCUUUCACUAGGAAGUGGUCAACAAUGUAUUGAUUUCGAAUCUGUUGUCCCUGACAAAAUACCUAUCACUGAGCUUACACAGGUGCAGUUAGUCAUACGUACUUUGCCAGAGCCGUUCAAUGCUAAAUAUCGCUGCGUUUUUGGAAACUCAACCCCUAUUGAUGCUGAUGUACUUGAAAAUGGAUUAGCUUGUAUUACCCCGCCGAUAGAGGAAAGACCUCAGAUCAGUUCGAAUAUGGAUCACGUUUUGGUGCCGCUUUCUGUUCGAAGUUCAGAGACCAAUAAAGAUUUUGUGUCGCGUUCCUUUGCAUUUUUUGACUGUUCUAGGCAUAAUACUUGUCAGAAUUGUGUGCGCAGUAUUUGGGGGUGCAACUGGUGCAUUUUUGACAAUAAAUGUGUACACAAAAUGGAAGAAUGCAGGAAUAUGGAGAAUGUUAUUAGUAAUGAAGAAGUCUGUCCACAUUUGAAACCUUCUCGGCAGCCGAUACUACUGCCUGUUCAAGUGCCAAAAGAAAUAAGACUUGAAAUUGAAAAUCUUCCCAAGCCAAAAAGUGCCCAUUCCGGAUUUUUGUGUACCGUUCAAAUCGAAACAUCUCAAAUGCUUUUGCCAGCACGCAUUGAAUCAAAUAAAAUUGUAGUAUGUGAAAAGACGCCGUAUUUCUAUGAAAGGAAUACCCAUGAAUAUGAGGCAAAAGUGGAUAUUAUAUGGAAUCGGCAACAUUAUGUUGAUACGGCAACCAUUAUCUUGUAUAAAUGUGAUGUGCUAGGUUCCCAUCGUGAACAUGCUGAUUGCAGCUUGUGUGUUACAAGGGAUCCUAAAUAUCAGUGUUCGUGGUGUGGUAAUUCAUGUGUCUACAAUGAGACAUGUUCUUCCGAGGUGCACGCUGUAGGGUCGUAUGAUAUGCCAUAUUCGAUGAUUCGCGCUAACGAAUGCCCACGUCCUCGCAUCGAUAUGAUUAAACCUCUGUCAGGACCAAUCGAAGGUGGAACUUUAAUUACUAUUGAAGGCAGUAAUUUAGGUAUACGAGAGGAAGACGUGCGUGGAAAAAUAUCUAUUGGUAAAGUUCCAUGUGAAUUGGUUAACUAUGAAAUAUCAGUGAAAAUUGAGUGUCGAACUGGUGCUGUUGCACAUGAGCUAUCCGCUCCUAUAAAAGUUGCCAAUGACGCUGGUUACACAGAAUCGAGUGUACAAUUUCAUUUCAAGAAUAUACAGCUUAAUGGAUUACAACCAACAAUCGGUCCGAAAUCUGGUGGCACGCAAAUUUCACUUAUGGGAAAGUAUCUUAAUAUUGGCUCCCAUAUACGAGCAUUUCUAGAUGAGUACGAAUGCAAUAUAAAUGUAACUCAAGCAUCUUCGUCGCGCUUGACUUGUAUUACAUCGGAAGCUACACAACCAGAACCAAUUCGAAUUUUACGAUUAGUUAUAGAUGGCGCCAACCGGACAUAUACCUGUAGCAAUCCCAUGUUUCCGCAAAUUCAUUCGCAUAAAAAUUCAUAUAGUCAACAUCAAGUAUCGCCUGAACAAGGCACAAACUAUGCUUAUCAUUAUCACAUUCCCUCGCCGCGGAUAUGCUCAAUAUUCAAUUAUACACAAGAUCCACGAAUAAUGCAGAUAAAACCCUUGCGGAGUUUUGCAAGCGGAGGUAGGGUAUUAACAGUUCAUGGCUUACAUUUGAAUUCGAUUCAGAAACCCGAGUUAGAGGUAACUAUUGACAAUGGGCGUAUUAAUAAGAGUGCCUGUACUGUUAUAAAUCCAAACCAAAUGGAGUGCCCGUCGCCGUCGGUCAAUGCAAAGUUUUUGGAAUACAAGGCCUCCUUGGAACAAAUUAAAAUAGCAGCUACAAAUCCGUACACGUCUUCGUUUUCGAAAUUCAGAUUUGAUGGUGUAAGAAAGCGUAGUACUCAAGUCGAAGAUAAUUCGUAUUCAUACACUACGAUCACCAACUCAGCAAAUGGUUAUUCCGGGGUAGCGGGUGCUGACGUUGCCGCUUUUGUUAAGAUACGUGAAACUCAAUUAAAUCUGCAAGUUGGUUUCAUUAUGGACAAUGUGCAGUGGGUACGCGACUUAAGUAAAUAUUUUCAAAAUAUUCGUAGUACGAUUGUUUACGUGCCCGAUCCGAAGUAUACUCCAUUUCCAGGUGGGGUCAAGCUUUAUAAAGGCGACACAUUAGUCAUAGAAGGCGAACAGUUAAACCUCGCCGCAGACGAAUAUGAUGUUAAUGUAACAAUUGGUACAUCGCAGUGUAAUAUAACCAGUUUGGCUUUAAAUCAAUUAGUAUGCAUUCCCCCUGAAAAGCAACCCGCACCCACUGAUGAAAACGAUGUAGAACAGGUCAACUCCUUGCCCUUAGUUGUUGUAAAAGUUGGCCGAAAUUUGCGAUUUGUUAUUGGACACUUAAAAUAUGAUCUACUUAAGCCAUACUCGUUCUCAAAUGCGCUAGUUGGUAUCGUUGUUACAGUUCUCAUCGCGUUAGUGGCCUUGUUCGUGGUUCUAAUUAUCUACAGGCGGAAAUCAACACAAGCUGAGCGUGAAUAUAAACGCAUACAAAUACAAAUGAUUACUUUAGAAAGCAAUGUUCGUUCAGAAUGUAAGCAAGCUUUUGCCGAAUUACAAACCGAUAUGACGGAUUUGACUGCUGAUUUGGAGAGCAGCGGCAUACCUACCCUCGACCACGUCAAUUACAUAAUGAAAGUUUUCUUUCCAGGAGUUUCCGAUCAUCCAAUUUUGGUAGCACCAAAGCUGCGAUUGAAUACCCCGCACACUCCUUACGACACUGCCAUGCUUCAAUUUGAACAACUGAUUAGCAACAAAUAUUUUGUAUUAACUUUUAUCGAAACCUUAGAAUCUCAGAAAACGUUUAAUAUUCGCGACAAAGUUAAUGUGGCUUCCCUUUUGAUGAUAGUUUUAAUGAACAAAAUGGAAUACGCAACAGAGAUUUUAAAAUGCUUACUGUUACGUUUAGUAGAUAAGUCAGUUGUGGGGAAGCAUCCACAUUUAAUGUUACGGCGCACAGAAAGUGUUGUAGAAAAAAUGCUUACAAAUUACAUGGCCAUUUGCAUGUAUGAUUACCUAAAGGAAUAUGCUGGUUCGAGUCUAUUUUUACUUUUUAAAGCAAUUAAGCAUCAAAUUGGAAAAGGUCUUGUAGAUGCUGUAACGCACGAGGCUCGAUACUCACUUUCAGAGGAGCGUCUCUUGCACGAGCAAAUUCCACAUUCAGUUGUAGUCUUACAUAUUGUUCAGGAUGAUCUUGACGAAAAGGUGCAAUGCAAAGUACUUGAUUGGGAUACUAUUUCGCAAGUGAAAUCAAAAAUAUUAGAUGCCCUUUUUAAAAAUACACCAUUUUCUUGUCGACCGUCAGUGCACGAAGUAGAUUUGGAAUGGCGUCAUGGUCGUGGCGGCCAUCUUACCUUGCAAGAUGAAGAUCUAACUACAAAAACGAUAAAUGGAUGGAAACGUCUCAAUACACUAGCCCAUUACGGUGUUAAAGAAUCAGCUGUAAUGUCGUUAAUAGCACGCCAAGGUGAUGGCUAUAACAUGCAUUACAGCAAGCAACAACCGCCGUAUCAUAAUUUUUACUACAUAAACAAUUCACAAUCUCAUAUUAUUAUUAAUAACGACAUCGAAAGCGGGCUGCAACAGCCGAGAGUUUAUCAUCUGGUUAAAGCAGUAGUACCCGAUCAUUAUAUGAAUAUAAAAAAUGCUGUAAUUUCUGGGAGUAACGUUACUACUUCUGCUUGUAGUGCUACUAGUGAGCGUGUAAACAAGACUAUACCAGAAGUUUAUUUAACAAGAUUGUUGGCAGCGAAAGGGACAAUACAAAAAUUUGUUGAUGAUUUUUUUGCUACAAUACUAACAGUGAACGAAGAAUUACCACCGGCUGUUAAAUGGUUAUUCGAUCUACUGGACGAGGCAGCACGCAGGAACGAGGUUGCUGAUAUGGAAAUUCUUCAUGCUUGGAAAUCCAACAGUUUGCCUUUGCGAUUUUGGGUGAAUUUUAUAAAAAAUCCGGACUUCAUUUUUGAUAUAAAUAAGACGGUCACAUUGGAUUCAUGUUUAAGUGUCAUAGCGCAAACUUUUAUGGAUGCAUGUUCCACAUCCGAACACCGCUUGGGUAAAGAUUCUCCAUCGAACAAGCUGUUGUUUGCAAAGGACAUUCCCCAAUACCGUAAAAUGGUUAAACAGUUUUACCGCGAAGUCGCGCGUUUGCCACAGAUAAGUGACCAGGAAAUGAAUACGGCCAUGCAGCAAUUGUCAGUUCAGCAGAGUGACGAAUUUGACACCAUAGCGGCAUUGAAAGAGCUCUACAUAUACGUUACUAAGUACAGAGAUGAGAUAAUGCAUGCUCUGGAUACCGAUGUUAAUUGUAAAAAAAUGCAUUUAUCGCAUAAGUUGGAAAAUGUGGCAUUUACAUUGGGUGGUGAAGAAACCUCUGCUUGCUGACACCUGCAUGAAGAUUCAUCAGCCGAAAGAAAAACUCAAUUGAUUGAAAAUAAUUUCUUAAAUAUGUCGCAUUACAAAAUAAGGGACGAUAUAUCUUUAGAAAAUUUUAGUGGAGGCUCCAAUUUGUUUACAAGUGGUAAGUACAGUAUAUUGCAUACUUAACUACCAGAAAGUUUUUAUUUAAUUAAAAGAUGUUUACUACUUGGCAAGGAGAUAAUUGAUUAACUUUUGUUGAAAAAUUUAUGCGUAAUAUGAAUACCAUUUUUCUUAGCAAUUAUAAGGUAAACAACUGCCAAACGUCUCCAUAAAUUAAUUUAUGUACAAUAUUUCUACCACCAAACACCAUCUUUACUACCAAAUAUACUACAAAUCGGCAACUCAUUGAUUUUUACAUACUGGUGACUAAAGUAUUAAUUGUUUAUAAUUUGCGGUGCAUGAUGACUUCAGCCGAAUAUAUCAGUAAUUUGUCAGAGCUGCUUACAUUACUAGGCUGAAGCAGAAACGUAUUCUUAACAGACUGACACUUCAUAUAAACAUAUAUACAUGCUAAUUUUUCAACCAAUGUAUAAUAAAAUGAUUUAUUGGAAAACGUAUAAUAUUGUAAAAAACAUGUAGCUUAAAAUGCAUUUAUUUUAUUGUAAAUUAAGUUCUUUACACUAAAUCAUAAGCGCAUCCCAGACACAAGUUACUCUCCAUUUAAAAUUUUAAUAUAAGAUUUUCAUUAUGUACGAAUAUGUAUUGUGAUAUAUUACACUGCAGCUUAUUUAAAUUUAGCUUCGGAAAUUCGAUUAGCUCAAGUAGCAGAAUUUAGUUGGUGUAUUAGUUAUAUUAAGAGGCCGCUCUAACUAAAAUGCUAAAAAUAUUAAACUUUUUUUGAAUCGAUUGCAUUACCGUAAAGGUAAAUGUCGUUGGAGGUGGUACAGAACUGUAAGACCCAAAUGAAACUGAAGGCAUACAAUCGACAAAGAGGGAAUAUUUCAGCUCAAGUGAAUAUAUUUAACCAAAUUGGAAAUUCGUUCCAAAAUACAUCAUUAACCAAAGCAUUUACAUGAAUAUUUGCAAAAAGUUUGAUUGUUGUUGUAACAGCGCGAAUUUGAGGACUGAUAGUCCUUGGCCAGACAAAUCUGGGUCGUUCCCGUUACGUGGAUUGGACGGUGCCACUUUUAUUCAUUUUACGUACAAUAAUGGGCGCAUUCACCAGAGCAACUCGAUCACUGAUCAAAAGUUUCUGAUUCUUAUGAAUUAAUGAACAGAUUAGAAUUUACGAUAUCAUAAUUAGUAUUACUAAAUUAAAAAUGUAUCACAAAAAUAUUGUGAAAUCUAGCUCUCAAAUCUAAAGUUUGUUUGUUUAUUUUGUUGGCAGCGAAUACUACGAAUUCGUAUUUUUGACUAAAUAAAUUUACAAAAGAAUUUAAAUUACAUUGGAGUAUUAUAUACGAACCGUGGACGUAAAUACUAAAAUGUGGCCGUUUUUGUACUUCAAAUGAAAGCUUAAAUAAACGAUAUUGACCAUGUCGAGCUCUAACCGCCAAAAAGAUGUGAGCGACGUUUUUUCAAAUUUUCAUUUUUGAUGCAGGAAUGCAUCUGGAUGCUCUGCAUCAAAAAGAAAAUUUUGAAAAAAUGUUGCUUACACGUUUUUUGAGGUUAGGGCUCGAUAUAAAAACUAAAAGCGAAAUGUUUUCGCUCGCAAAUCUAUUAUGAAAAUAAUAAUAAUAAAUAGGCGCUUAAAUAUACAUUAGUGUUUGGCCGAGCUUCUCCUCCGAUUUGUGG